AUACUACGCCGUAUGCUUCUGAACUUCCCCUUCGCUCAAUCUCUCGUCGCUUCUUUCUCUGAACAUCCAGCGCUCCCUCCUACUAUCCUGCUUCUCUCGCUUAAGGUGUGAUGGGUCGUUUAAGCAGGACCGUUUAUGUUGGCAAUCUCCCUGAAGAUACCCGGGAGAGAGAAGUUGAAGAUUUGUUUUACAAGUAUGGGCAUAUUGUUGACAUUGAUUUGAAAAUUCCAUCAAGACCACCAGGUUAUGCGUUUGUAGAGUUUGAAGAUCCUCGUGAUGCUGAGGAUGCUAUUCGUGGUCGUGAUGGUUAUAGCUUUGAUGGGCAUCGCUUGCGGGUUGAACUAGCACAUGGUGGACGAGGGUCUUCAUCAUAUGAUCACAAAAGCACCUAUAGUGGUGCGAGUCGUGGUGGAGUUUCAAGACGCUCAGAAUAUCGGGUUCUGGUUACUGGGCUUCCUUCUUCUGCCUCAUGGCAGGAUCUGAAGGAUCACAUGCGCCGAGCUGGAGAUGUCUGUUUUUCUCAAGUUUAUCGUGAACGGGAUGGCAUGAGAGGAAUUGUGGACUAUACAAACUAUGAUGACAUGAAGUAUGCGAUAAAGAAACUGGAUGACACUCUAUUCAAAAAUCAGUACUCCCGUGCUUACAUACGGGUUGAGAAAUAUGAUAGCAAACUAAGCUACUCCGGGAGUCCUAAUCCAUAUUACUCUAGGAGCAGAAAUUACUCAAGAAGCCGGAGUCCCAAACGCCAUAGCAGCGAGAGCAGAAGUGUAUCCCCAAGGGAUAAAUCAGUAUCUAGAUCACGGUCGAGGUCUAUAUCUCCUGUCCGUUCUAUUUCAAGAUCUGUGUCAAGAUCUAAAUCUCCAGCAUCACCUGCUCAGGGGAAGAAACAUGCUGCAACGAGUAGAGAGCCCAGCCCCCGCCGAAGCCGAAGUAGGAGCCUAUCUCAUCCCCAUUCUGUGAGUAGAGAGCCCAGCCCCAGCCGAAGUCGAAGUCGAAGUGGGAGCCUGUCUCAUCCCCAUUCUGAGAGAUCUGUUUGAAGUUGAGAUCUGAAGGCUAGUAGAAUAGAUGUCAAAACGACGAGGAUUUUGUGGUGUUUAAAGUGCUUGAAACUUGAUUAGUGACCUGUGGCUGGCAGAAACUCUCUCUAGUACUGCCUACAAUAGAAUUUAUGGAGUUAUAUAUAUUGAUGUUGAAAAUAUAGAUUCAAAGUUGGGGAUUUGGCGAUUUUGUAGAAUUUGUGGAUUUUAUGGUCACACUAUACUAUUAUUACUAUUGAGUUUUCAUAUAUA